GGCGAGCUCGUCGGCAAAGUCCCCUUACUUUUCUACCACUUUACUUACCUGCUAUUACCUACCGUUUCUCUCUCACACCUCCUCCGACACCGAAAGAACCCCCCAAAAUGGCCAUCUCACUGCACCCCCUCCUCGACAAACCCAUCCAGAAAGGCUCCCCCAACUUUACCGGCGGAACCCUCAAAUGCCACUGCGCCACCAACCCCGUCACCGUAACGAUCAGCAGCAACGUCGCCCACAACCACGCGUGCGGGUGCUCCAAAUGCUGGAAACCGAAGGGUGCCCUGUUCUCCGUCGUGGGCGUCGUCCCGCGGGAGAAGGUGCAGGUCUCGUCGCACGCCGAGAAACUAGCUAUCGUGGAUGAAGCGGCCGUCAUCCAGCGCCACGCCUGCACGGCCUGCGGGGUGCAUCUGUUCGGGCGCAUCGAGAAGGACCACCCCUUCAAGGGGCUGGACUUUGUGCACGUGGAGCUGUCGGAGCAGCAGGGGUGGCAGGAGGUGCAAUUUGCCGGGUUUGUCUCAUCGAUCAUCGAGCAGGGGUUUCCCCCGAACAAAAUGGAGGAGGUGCGGGGUCGGCUGCGUGGGCUGGGGCUGGAGACGUUUGAUGUGUUGGCGCCCGGGUUGAUGGAUGCUAUUGCGGCAUGGACGGCGGAGAAGGAGGGGAAGCUGAAGGCUUCGCUUUAGAUCUCUGAUUCUGGGGAGGAAGGACUGGGUGGGGUUGGCGAUGCUUCUUGUGAGAAUGUUAGCGAUGGACUUCGUGAGGACUAUGCUAGACUUUGAAUGGCAAUGUUAGCAGUCAGGCGCUGAAAGGAUGGCGAAAGGGAUCUUGCGAUGGAGUGCGUUUGACUGGUAUAACCACGGAAUGAAUUACAGACGAGAGGUGGUUUCGGUGUGGAGAAUCAGGAAUCUGUUGUGGUAAACUGGUGGAAUUCUGAACGUGGCUGUAGAUUGUUGAUGAUGCUGGUGUUGGGAUUUGAUGUAAAGGAGAAUGAGAUUCUUAUGCUCAUGGGAUGCAGUGGAUGUACAGAGUAGAUUUGAAGGGCAGACAAUAAUUUUGUAGAAGGGAAGGUCGGGUACCUUGGAGGCUACUG